GUGGAGGUCGGCGUUUCAAUGGACUUGUUCAUUUGACUCGGAAGUGGGCGCUCAUACAAGCGUCCCAAAAAGUGUUCAGAUUUUGAUAAGACACAUUAGAAAUCGUUGGAGUGAGAUCGGCAUGGGAAUUCUUGGUAAUCUCAAUUCGGAUCAGCUUCAGUUCUUCGACUCUCAGGGUUAUCUUGUGAUUGAAUCAUUCGCGAGUUCUGAUGAAGUUGAUGCCAUGAGGAAGAGAAUGGAACAGUUGCUUGAUGGCUUUGACUGCUCCACUUCCUCUGUUUUCUCUACUGUAAAUCAGCGGCAGUUGACCGACGAUUACUUCUUCGAAAGCGCCGAGAACGUUUCCUUCUUUUUCGAGGAAAAAGCAUUUCGAGAGGAUGGAAACUUAAAACAAGCGAAGGAACUCUCGAUUAAUAAAGUUGGUCACGCAUUACAUGAGAUUGACCCAGUUUUCAAAAGCUUCUCCUACUCUGAGAAGGUUUCUGGUUUAUUGUUGUCCUUGGGGUACAAGAGGCCAAUAGUCAUCCAGUCUAUGUACAUAUUUAAGCAACCAGGUAUUGGAGGUGAAGUAGUGCCUCACCAGGAUAACUCAUUUCUUUACACGGAACCAACCACGUGCACAGGACUAUGGCUGGCACUUGAAGAUGCAAACACAACAAAUGGCUGUCUUUGGGCUAUUCCUGGAUCACAUAAAAAUGGACUUGUUAGAAGGUUUCUUAGGGGUGAAAAGGGCAUGUACUUUGAUCGGCCUUCUCCUGCUUACGAACAGAAAGAUUUCGUGCCUAUUGAAGUGAAAGCUGGUUCUUUAGUUGUCAUUCAUGGAGACCUUAUUCAUCAAAGCUUUGAGAACCAGUCUCCAAAAUCAAGACAUGCCUAUAGCUUGCAUGUGGUUGAUACAGAUGGUUGUGUUUGGGCUCAAGAUAACUGGAUUAGAAGAAAGGUUCAGCCAGAGCCUUUGUAUGAACCUUGAUAAAAUCCACACAUCUUCAUCACAAAAACAGGUACUCAAUAGUUCAUAUCCAAAAACAAACAUGCUUUUCUCGAUGUAAAACAUUGUGCUGAAGUUUCAUAAAAUGUGUAAUCUUUUGUGGCUUUUAAGAAUUUCCUCAUUAUUGCUAAGGAUUAGGUUGUGUAUUAUUUAUCUUUUUCCUGUCUUUAAUAUGCUUGAUUUAGUUGUAAACUGCAGGUAGUUUAUUUACUUUUUACUUUUUUA